AUGAGACGAAUCGUGGAAGUACAAAUGAGGUUCUGACCACACCCUCGCAGUUUCAAGAAGGUUCGUGUUAUUUUAUAUUUUGUGGGAAAACCUUGAGAAAAUUAGGAAACAUUGUGUCGGACAAUAUAUGGAACAGAUGUUUCCUUGCAUGUUUCUUUGUUUGUUUGGGGAAUUAGAGUUAGGAUUGGGGUUAGGUUUAUGGGACAAGGAGCCGUUUUAAAAACCUUCCUCUCGUAUCCGUCCCUACUUGGCAACAACCUUGAUAUAUGACACUAAAGCACACCCUUCGGCAUCAAGAGACUAAUAUAGCUUGGUAUAAGAUUAGAUUAAUCUUUUAGGGUGUAUCUCUGACCAUGAUCUCCUUCUACCCGUAAACUUGAAUUCAGAUUACAUCAGGGAGUGGUUACUAUAUUACUCCAAAGCCUCGCCCUUUUUAUUUAUCAAUCUACCCACGAAAUAACCUACAUCGGAAAAUCUAUAACCUUUUAAAUUUUCUUAAUUUACCAAAUACCGCAGGUUUUCUGUUGGAAACUCCUGUAAUGUCAACCCUGGAUCAAUAAAUGAUAAGAGAUAGUUCCUACUGGACCUCUAGGGAAAACAGUUUAGAACUGAUAGAGCUAUCCAGUGAAAGCUAGUUUAAUUCAGAUUUUCUUCCUGUAGUAACACUAGAUAAAUAGGAGAUGCCCUUUACCUCUGGGUAGAACAUGCAGAUUGUAACUGAUAGAGCUAUCCAGUUAGGUUAGUUUAUUGAUCCAGUGUUACUGCAGAAGGAAACCUAAGAGAUUACCCUUACUGGACCUUUAGGGAAAACAGUUUAGAACUGAUAGAGCUAUCCUGUAUAAAUAAAGUAGGUUUAGUUUAAGUUCCCUUCUGUAGUAACACUAGAUAUAUAAGAGAUAUGGUCCUUACUGGACCUCUAGGGAGAACAGUACUAGUUUAAAGUUGGAUUAGUUUAGGUUUCCUCCUGUAGUGACACUGGAUCAAUGAGAGAUGAUCCUUACUGGACCUAUAGUAGAACAGUUUCAGUAUUACUGAAGUUAGUUUAGUUAGUCAAUCAUUUUGUAGUGUGAACUUGACAAUUAGUUUCUGCUACGAGUGAAAUAAUGCGCAAUUUUAAGAUCGUGUGAAAAGUCAUUACUGGUGGCAAAAAGAAACUUAUCAAAAAACGGAAUCUUGUUUUUGCUGGUGGCAACGCUCUCUGUCUUGAGUUAAUAUCAUCGGCGCCGGAAAAAACAACAGGAACGUCAUACAACGCGUUUUAAUUUGAACAAAACGAAACACUCUGUAAGGAAACUGUAAGAUAAGAUUGAAAAGAAAUUAAAAAUUUACAAAGUCUAAAGACUUUCCUUUGACGGUGUUGUUAGAUGAGAGUUCAACCUUCGUUAUUAAAACAUAACUCAUAUUUCAACUCCACAACUCAAGAUAGUUUUUGUUUAAAAUAGGGGACACUAAACUGAUUUUACUUUUAUGCAUCUACUGCUUUAUCAGAUCUAAACUGUCCUCCUAGAGAUCCAGUAAAAGCCACCCCCCCUUGGUCCAGUAUUGUUGCAAUCUACCUAUAUGUUUUCCAACCGACGACUAUUUGCUAUUCAUGUACGCGUUCUUUAAAAAAUAAUUUCAAAUUUCUACUUUUUUACAGGUGUGCGCUGCCGAAACUACCCGGAAGUUCCAACCUAUCAUUUCAACCGUACGGCAAUGAAUCCCCAUACUUUCGACCCCACUGGAACUACGGCUACCAACCCGCACACCCGCCACAACCUUACGAAACACACCAUCCUUGGCUGGAGUACAUGCAGGCUCAGCAAGCUUUGAUAUACGAACGCUCAUUGGCUAUACACCAACCAACGGGGUACGAGGAUAAGCCCUCAUUCGCCAUACAUCAACCAAUGGGGUACGAGAAUGAGCUCUACACAAAAUCGGAUCAACCAAUGAGGAACGAGGCACAGGGCACCCCGACAAAAGCAUCGAGAAGUCAUGAAAAAAAUCGACUAAAAUCCAAACUAAAGAAAUUGCAUACUUGUCCAGUGUGCGAGAAAAUUUUUACACAAGCUGUUAGCCUGAAACAACACAUGAUAGUUCAUUCUUUGGCGAAGCCCUACAAAUGCAAAUACUGUUCGAAAAGUUUUAAACGCUCGUCGACUCUGUCAACGCAUUUACUCAUUCAUACUGGAAUCAGGCCAUUCGCCUGCGAAUUUUGUGGCAAGCAGUUCCACCAGAAAUCGGACAUGAAAAAGCACACGUUUGUACACACUGGGCAAAAGCCUCAUCGUUGUUCGCAGUGUGGCAAGUGUUUCAGCCAAUCGUCAAAUCUUAUCACGCAUUGUAAGAAGCAUGUCGGGUUUCAGCCGUUCUCCUGUGAAAUUUGCGGCGCGUCUUUUAUCAAGAAGAUCGAACUGCGCAGACAUCGUUAUAGACACGAGUUUAAAACUGAUGGCGAGAUUUUAAAACCAUUCUUGUAA